UGGCACAGACAGCUGGAGCUUCAGAGUUUUGGAACGCAACUGACGAGUGGCCCCUCCCCCUCAUCUCGUCGUCCAGAAUUCAGUCAAGAAGCCGCAAACGAGAUAAAAGUCUUGCGUUACGGCCCGCAGACGACGACGUCUAGACCGGUCUCAAAGCUCUUCGCGCUCUGCCCAGCAUAUCCACAAACCCCAUGGGUCUGCUAUCUCGUCCUCCCCAUAUCUUCAUCCCAUCUUCACUCCUCGUCGGGCAUAGACCCAGCUUCCACCAAGCUACGCCGAGAGGUUGGGUUCCCGUCUCUCUCGGCCACUCUCUCUAUUACGCUAUAG